CAUCAGAAGUCUAGGAUGAGAAAUCAUACAGGGAUAACAUUAUUUAUCCUUCGAGGACUAACAGAUGAUCCAUGGCUAAAGGUUCUGAUUUUCAUCUUUCUUUUUUUCACAUAUGUUUUGACUAUAAUUGGGAACCUGAUCAUCAUCACCCUCACCUUGAUGGAUGCACAACUUAAGACACCCAUGUAUUUCUUCCUCCGAAAUUUUUCCUUUUUGGAAGUGGCAUUCACAACUGCCUAUAUUCCCAGAUAUCUCUUCAGCUUGUCAACUGGGGACAAUACCAUUACCUAUAAUGCUUGCUUUGCCCAAAUAUUUUUUGUCAUACUUCUUGGGGUAACAGAAUUUUUUCUUCUGGCUGUCAUGUCCUAUGACCGCUAUGUAGCCAUCUGCAAACCUCUGCACUACACAACCAUCAUAAACAGCAAAGUCUGCAACCAGCUCCUCCUGAGUUCUUGGCUGGCUGGGUUAAUGUUCAUCCUCCCACCACUUAGUCUGGGGUUCCAGAUGGAAUUCUGUGACUCCAAUGUCAUUGAUCAUUUUGGUUGUGAGGCAUUUCCCAUAAUAAAGAUUGCCUGCUCAGACACACAAUUCAUAGAGAGGAUGGUUUUGAUCUUUGCUGUGUUGACUCUCAUUGUCACCUUAUUCUUAGUGUUUCUGUCCUAUGCACACAUUAUCAGGACAGUCCUUAGAUUUCCCUCAGCUCAGCAAAGGAAAAAGGCCUUUUCUACUUGUUCUUCCCACAUAAUUGUUGUCUCCAUCACCUAUGGCAGCUGUAUCUUCAUCUACAUCAAACCCUCUGCAAAAGAAGAAGUGGCUUUGAAUAAGGUGGUGUCAGUGCUCGUAACUUCAGUCGCUCCUGUUAUGAACCCCUUAAUUUAUGCCCUAAGAAACAAGCAAGUGAUACAAGCUUUUAAGGACUUAGCCAAAAAGAUUUUCUUCCUCUCAAAGCGAUAA